UAUGAGACCUGAUCAUCAUAAAAAACGAAAAAAUUAUAGAUAUAAAAAGGCUCAUGGAAUAGUAGAUCAGAAAGAAGAAAGCACAGACUCAAAGGAAACCACUAAUAACAAGUCAAAGAAGACGAAAUCAAAUAAAAAGCCAAAGAAACCCGAGAAAAAACCUAUUGAAAAAGUUCCUGAGAAUGACAAAGAAAAAGAGAAGAAUGAUGACGAUCCCAAAGCAGAAGGUGAUGAAUCUGAAGCUGAAGACUUUAGAAAACGUGAAAUAUGCAGUAAUUGGUCGAAGUAUGAAGAGCCGUCAAGUGAAGAGGUGGAAGAUGAAGAAGACGAAGAUGAUGAUUAUUCGGAUGACGAUUUCGAUUUACAGGCCAUGAUAGAUAAAGGCACUAAAAAAUUUCAGGUGGAGGAAAAUAAAUCAUGGGUAAGAGAAAUGGAAGAGAAAGACGCUGAACCUCUUAACUUGGACGAUUUCAAUAAAGAAUUCUUUGAAGAGGAAGCUGAUAGAGAAUUCAUCGAACGAGCUAAACUAGACUACGAAAGUAAAGAGGAAACAACUAUAACCAAAGAAGAACCCGAUGAAUUGGAUAUUUUAUUAAGGGCAACCGAAUCAACAAUAAAAGAAGCCGAUAAUAAUGAUAUAGACGAUUUACUAAAUACUUUAGCAAUUAAAAGCGAACCUUCAAAAUUAACUGCAGAGCACAAGCAUCCAACAAGAAAUUUGAUAAAUACCAACCAACAAACAAUGGACGAUUUCUUGGAUUCAUUAGAUAAAGUUAUUGAUUCAUAG